AUGGAGGGCAUGUAUACUGGGCUUCAAAGGAGGCAAUUAUUCGAGUCAUUGGAUGCUUUUAAAGCAUUUGUACGUGCAGCAUCAAUAAAACAGUGCUGGAACAUGUGCGUCAUCAGAAGCAACAAGGAGAGCGUCGCUUUGGGUUGCAGGUCAUCCUCCGAUUGUACGUUUCGCGCCAUCUGCCGCACAGGCCAUGACUACACAUACGUAACCUCUGUCACCGACGUCCAUUCCUGUCGCGCUUCGCUAGACGCCCCCAUACCACCCAUUCACCGAGCUCAAGUCUCCCGCCUCGCCUUUCUGAUGAAUGAAAUCCCGAAGUUUUUUGAUACCAGUACCAAAGUCACAUCCGAAGAGGCUGCGGCAGCUAUCAAACGAUAUUAUGGCACUGAAGUGUCCCCCAAACAGACAUAUCGCGCUUUAAGGAGGCUAGGUAUGCACCAGGGUAGACGUCGAGGUCGUCCGCCCCUUCCUAGCGUGACAUGGCCAAUAGCGGAUGAUAUAUCCAAUCACGCCACCGGGAAUUCCCAACCACAACCACCACAACAAGAACUGCAACAACAACCGCAGCAACAACCGCAGCAACAACCGCAGCAACAACUGCAGCAACAACCACAGCAACAACCACAGCAACAACCACAGCAACAACCACAGCAACAACCGCGGCAGCAGCAGCAACAGCAACAACAUGAACCAGCUGUGAACAAGUGGUCACAAAACUUACCCAUAUUGCCGAUCGAUGUCGACACUGAUCACGAUGAUGGCGAUGUUGACUUCGACAUUCUAGAAAGUAGCCGCAUUGCGCCUCAACCAAGCAUGCCACAACCGAGCCCGGAGACCGUCGCUCGAUCUCAUCAUGUCCCUACUGCACUCAAUUCUGCGCCUCCUAAUAAAAGCCAAAAUUCAGGCAGUGGAAAUAAUGAUACUCAACCCACCCCACAAGGUCGUACCCAGGCGCGCAACGUUCAGCGCCGUCCUCCCAAAGUGUCCGCGGAUGUGAAGGUUGAGUUUCCGUGCGCAGCUUGUGGGGCGAUUAACCAAGGAUUCUUUCCUAUCCGGGGCCAAGCCACAACUACGAUAGUUGGCAAUCAAUUGAUAGGAAGUGGGAAUCAUGUCGCCUACGAUUUAGGUAUGCACCAGUCAGAAGAAGGGUCAUGACCCGUCAAUCUUAACUGCUUCUAUGUUAAUAUG